AGUGUUUGGAGGGAGUUCCCCAAACGUUCAAAAAGGCGCACACACACGCUGCACAAGAGUGUGUGGAUGCCUUUGACACUGUGUUCCAUGACCUUGAGGUCACAAGGAAGGAAGGAAAGGAAGGACAGACGAAUGGCACACAAGGAAGUGAGCCAGUCCUCCUGAGCGGACAUGGGCCUGCUGCUGCGUUUGACCUUCCUGCUAACUAUUGUGUGUGUGAGCGUCCAUGUUUACCUGGAGACAGCUUGGCAGUCGGCACCUGCUCACCGGCCUUCGGGGGCUACCACCUGGCCCACUCACACCUGGACCCAACAAGGCGUGACCAAGAGGGUUCCUGCAGAGCCCAGAGGAAGCAAUGAUGGGAUUGCGCUGAAGCCACACGACAGGAUGAUGAUGAUGAGGCGGGAUGAAGGCUUGCGUCUGCAACGGCAAAGAAAGGCGCCUCGGUGGCACAUCGCCCUGCAGCCUUGGGCCAGUCACACUCACUCUCUGGAGGAUGAAGCAAAAAGGUUUCUCGACUACAUUACAACGCCACAACUGUCCUGUGAAAGUCCUCAUGUGGGCCCGGGUAGAGGCUGGGCCGUAUGUCUGGACCCAAAGUACAGCCUGACUCACAGGAUGCAACACAAACACUGCAGGGUCUACUCUUUUGGGUUGGGCCCAGAUGACCGUGUCCUGGAACGUUUCCUGGCGAGAUCUGGGUGUGAGGUCCACUGCUUCGAUCCCAGUUUGAGGCAACCGCACCUGCAGCAUGCUGAAAUGUGGCUUCACCGACUUUCUAUUGACUGGAGGGAUCCCAACCCUGCUGUCGUUGCACAGCAUCAGUAUGCCAACACCAAAAAACUGGCCACCAUCCUCAACGACUUUGGUCAUCGGCAGGUGGACGUAUUGAAAGCAGACAUGGAGAGUGCCGAGUGGAAGGUAUUGGAGAAUUUGAUCCUGGAAGGAGUUCUGGACUCUGUCAGUCAACUACUCCUAGAGCUUCACCUCCACUGGGCGGGUUUUGAGGUGGCAGGGGACGAUCCUUCGGUUGUACGUUAUUGGUUCAGCUUGCUCAAAGAGCUGGAAAGUGCCAACUUCCACCUUUUCCACAUCCGCAGCGAUCCGUCAAAACCGCACGUGUUUCUGCACAAGAACGUCCUCAAUGCAAGCAGUGCCUACACCUUAGCAUGGGUGAAUACACGGUGGACACUCUGAAGUACGUACUAGGAAAUAUCCAAGUGGAUUAAAGUCAGAACACAGGUGCCUGCUGAGGCACAUUCUCUGACUCAGACUGACCUUUUCGCCAACCUACUUACCAUCCAGUCAUGAAACCCCCAGAGGCUGUGUCUUCUGCUACCCCAUGUCGACUGUGUUGUUUGGCUGCAGGUCAGUCUCUUAGUCACGGUCGACCCCAGUGAUCACGGUCCUAUCUCUAAUUCGGGCCUGCAGCGACUCAAUGCCACAAGACAUUUUCUUCUAUCCUAGUUGGCGAAGACAUCAGUGCGUGGAUGUGUUGGUUUGACUGUGCCAUGGGGUAGGUGAGGGACAGAUUAACAGCUUUUUUUUUUUAUUCUGUGAGGAGCUGCAUGGACUGAAAGAGAUAAGUGGUGGAGAUGGAAUGUUUGCCACAAAAUAAUGUCAUCAGUUCUUAAGACUUGCUGUUUUUUUUGUCAGUGCCCUAAAAGUGUGAACCGAAUUUCAUGUUGAUUUGGCAAAACACACAGUGAACAGUGAACUGUGAGUGAAGUCGAUUUAUGGGGGUAAAAGUUGGGGUUUAAUACCAGCGCCACCGUGUGGUGUAUUUGUCAUUGAAAUAGCAGCACAAGCAACACAGUAGUGCUGCAUGUUGUGACAAAAUGUCACCCUUUUGUAUGCAGCGUUUCAGGAGUAGAAGAGUUAGCUUUCUCAAACACAUAUGGUAUUUUGUUUUUGUUAUUUUUAAUAAAAACCCAGUGUUAAAAGGGCUCAUCAUAAACAGAAGCAGGAGCCUGGGUAAAACUGA